AUGGCAAAAAGAAGGAAAAAGAGAACACAUAUCCGCCCUGAAGAAGCCGCUAGUAGUAUUAAUCCUAAUGCACCCAAGAUACCCAAAUGUUUUGUAUUUAAAGCAGGGAAAGUUUGUAGGCCUGUUGGAACAUUAGUAAAAGAUAUGCGUAAAGUAAUGGAACCAAAUACUGCCAUUAGAUUAAAGGAACGUAAAAACAACAAAAUAAAAGAUUUUGUAAACGUGUCAGGUCAUUUGGGAGUAACACAAUUUCUGAUCUUUACGCAAACAGAAAAUGGUACUAAUUUUAGGUUGGCAAGAGUGCCAAGAGGACCUACAUUAUGUUUCAAAGUUCACAAGUAUUCCUUAAUAAAAGAUGUUUUCUCGUCACAGAUCAAUCCUAAAGCUUAUGGAUUAGAAUACAAUUCUUCACCAUUGCUUGUAUUAAAUAAUUUUAAUGAAGAAAAUAGACACAUGAAAUUAAUGAUAACCAUGCUUCAAAAUAUGUUUCCCUCAAUUAAUAUCAACAAGAUACAAUUAUCAGAUGCACGCAGAGUGGUAUUGUUUAGUUAUAAUUCAGAAACAAAAAAUAUUGAUUUUCGACAUUAUUUAAUUGGAUUGAAGCCAGUUGGUAUUAGUAAAGGUAUUCGUAAAGUCAUGACAACAUCAAAUCUUCCUGAUUUGCACAAGUAUAAUGAUAUAAGCGACUUUAUAUUAAAGAAUGAUGGGCGUAUAUCAGAGAGUGAGAAGGAAGAGAGUGGAGUGGAGGAGAGUUCAGUGACACUAGCACAAGAUUAUAUUGGUAGGAAUAAUAAAAAAGCUGAUAGAAGAGCAAUUAAAUUGACAGAGAUUGGACCUAGGAUGGAAUUACAACUAAUUAAAAUACAAAAUGGAUUAUGUGAUGGAGAAGUUUUGUUUCAUGAAUUUUCUACAAGAAGAAAAGAACAAGAAAAAAAUGUUGAAAGAAAUAAAUUAGAAAAGGAAGCCCAUAGAUUAGCAACAAGUGGAUCAACAGCUAAAGGAAAACAAAAAGAAAUAUCAAAGGAUAAAAAUAAUUAUGAAGUAGUACCAAAAGAAUAUAGUGGUAAUUAUCAAGAUGGUGACAUAACAGAAAUAAUAAAAGGAAACGUUAAAAAUUUUGUUUCAUGA